GUGUGUGUGUGUGUUAUGUGAGUGACGCGGCGGAGGUGUAGUUUGACGCGGUGUGUUACGUGGGGGAGAGAAUAAAACUGCGGCGAGAGCCUAGGCGCGAACGAAAGCAGUGACGGAGCAGCCUCUAGCCGAACUUGCCUUAUCCAAGAAUGUGUGUUAUCGAAAUUCAGUUCUUGAGUUACAAAGGUAACUAAAUGACCAUGGAAUCUGGGGCAGAGAAUCAGCAGAGUGGAGAUGCGGCUGUUACAGAGGCAGAAAACCAACAGAUGACAGUACAGGCCCAGCCACAAAUUGCAACGUUAGCCCAGGUGUCGAUGCCAGCAGCUCACGCGACGUCUUCUGCUCCCACGGUGACCCUCGUACAGCUGCCUAACGGGCAGACGGUCCAGGUCCACGGCGUUAUUCAGGCUGCCCAGCCGUCAGUUAUUCAGUCUCCGCAGGUCCAGACAGUUCAGAUCUCCACUAUUGCAGAAAGUGAAGAUUCACAAGAGUCUGUAGACAGCGUCACAGAUUCCCAGAAACGCAGAGAAAUUCUUUCCAGGCGACCCUCCUACAGGAAAAUCUUGAACGACUUGUCCUCAGACGCCCCGGGAGUGCCAAGGAUCGAAGAAGAAAAAUCGGAAGAGGAAGCGGCAGCGCCCGCUAUCACUACCGUGACGAUGCCAACUCCAAUUUACCAGACGAGCAGCGGGCAAUACAUUGCUAUCACACAGGGAGGUGCGAUACAGUUAGCGAACAACGGCACGGACGGCGUCCAGGGCCUGCAGACUCUGACCAUCCCCAACGCAGCCACAACCCAGACUGGUACCACCAUUUUACAGUAUGCACAGACCACCGACGGGCAGCAGAUUCUCGUACCCAGCAACCAGGUUGUUGUUCAAGCGGCCUCAGGAGACGUCCAGACCUACCAAAUCCGCACAGCCCCCACCAGCACCAUCGCCCCCGGGGUGGUCAUGGCCUCCUCUCCAGCACUUCCCACCCAGCCAGCAGAGGAAGCAGCGCGGAAGAGGGAGGUCCGUCUAAUGAAGAACAGGGAGGCAGCGCGUGAGUGCCGCAGGAAGAAAAAGGAAUACGUCAAAUGUCUAGAAAACAGAGUGGCUGUGCUCGAAAACCAAAACAAGACAUUGAUCGAAGAGCUAAAAGCACUUAAGGACCUCUAUUGCCACAAAUCGGAUUAAUUUUAGAUUCCCAUCUUUGGUUUGUUAAAGCGGGAUAAAGACUGGUUUGGCAAAAGCCAGAAAGACAAAACGUGAACUGAUUAUUUUGUAAACAUUUCUUUUUUUUUUUUCUACGCGCAAAACUGCCUGGAAGCAACUGCAGAAUUUAACUCGUCUGUGCUUUGCGUUAAACUGUGAAUGUUGA